AUGUCAAAUACACCAACAAGCACAUCAUCAACAGAUAUCGGAAGAAGAAAACGAUUGGGAGAGAGUAAUAUUGAUGAGGAAGGAUCGGAGUUGUUAGCUCCUACCAUUGAAGAAUUUCAAAGGUGGUGCUCCAAAUUAAAAACUGUUGAAGAUUUGUCAAUCUUUCAAACAUUUUGCAAUGAUUACUUGGAUAAAUUGAUUCAAGAAAAGGAAGGAGAAGCCAAACAACUUGAUACAGAAUUUGAACAAAUUGAAGAUGAGAAAGUUUCGGAGGAAGGUGCCUCUAAUGAUAGUGAAUCAACUAGUAGUGAAGAGGAUGAGAAUGGAAAACCAAAACAAACUACUCAAGAAAUUAUCAAAUCAAAUUUGAAAGUAUUGCAAAAGAUUAAACAAUCCCUUCGUGAUAGAAUACCGAAUAAUGAUGGUUAUGCUCCAAAUGAAAGAUUUUACUUCCCAGGUGAAGUUGCAGAGGAAACCAAUCCAAAUAGACAAUUUGAAGGAUAUAGCAAGUACAACACAAUUAAUGUUGAUGGUUUCUUGUAUGACAAUGAAGAAAUGAAUGAAAUGUUUAGAGGUGGAUUGAUUCCUGAAUUUUAUUGUGAAAAGUGUUGCUCAAGUAAUCAUGUCAAACCUAUGAAUAUCAUUUCACAUAGUUUUUCACUUGAUGAAUUGUCAUUUAUUUUCUCUCAUCACAAAUUAUUAUCAAAGAAGAACAUGAGAGAAAAUGGUAUCGUUAUGAUGGAUAUCGGAAGUAGAUUGGGAUCUAUUCUCUACUAUUGUUACUUGUUUGUUGAACCUCUUUCAGUCAAACAAUUAAUUGGUGUGGAAAUUAAUGAGUUCUUUGCCAAUUUGCAAAAGGAAAUGGUCAAACAGUACAAAAUGGAUGAUAGAAUUAGUAUUGUAAAUUCAGAUAUUAUGAAAGAAAUGGACUUGAUUCAAACAUGUGAUCUUUUAAUUAUGCACAAUGUGUUUGAGUGGUUCUUUUCACAUAAGGAAAAUCAAGCAAUUUGGAAAAUUUUGAAAUCUCAAUUUCUCAUUCGUAAGGGUCUUCGUAUUGUUACUUGUCCUUCCAUUCAACAAUCCUUAUUAGAUGCUGGAUUAUCCGAUAUUCUUUCCAUUGAUGGAUGGCUCAAGGAAAUUCCACUUGCUUAUCCACUCGAUGACAAUGACGAGGAAAUGCACACUGAAAUUCACCUCUAUGAAGUUUUAUAA